GCUUGCGUAAUCUGCGCGCGGGACAUUCAACAGCGUUUUGUAAACAGAAGAUGGUGUGCUAAUCUCCUGAUUUAGUUGUGUUGUUAAUUUAGGCUCUGUCAUCAUGUAUAACGAAAAAAUGCCACGUUGUUUUAUUUUGCUAUGCUUAUGGUCAUUUCAGGAGGCAUGAUGUGGUUGACUACGUAUGGCAAUGUAGAGUUAGUUAACCCAGCUAUCUAUCUGGCUAGUUAAUUUACGUUAACACUAUCUUGGUAGCUAACGUUAGCUGUCCUAUUUGGGUAGCAAAGAGCGACUAAUAAAUAUAAUAAUAUAAUUUUGUUUAUUUAACUCGUUGGAGUACACUCAGAAUCUAAGACCAUGAGAAGAAGCUUAGCACCAAGUCAAGUUGCCAAAAAAAAAAGAUGUGGGGGUGAUUCCUCCUCCGACGAGGAUUGGGAUCCUGUAAAGACAAGUAAGCGAAGAAAGGGAGAUGCGGACUGCCGAGAGAACCUUAUCUCCCCUUACAGAAAACCUCUCACACAGUUAACCAAUCCACCGCAAUGUGUGGACAGCAGUCAGCACGAGGCCUUUAUUCGCAGCAUCCUUUCAAAGCCAUUCAAAAUUCCUAUUGCCAACUACACAGGCGCAUUGGGAAUACGAGCUCUGGGCCUGAAGCGUGCAGGGGUCCGGAAGGCUCUUCAUGACCCGUUUGAGGUUGAUGCACUGGUUCUUUAUGAGCCACCUGCUCUGAGUGCCCAUGACAUGAUCAAAGCUGACAAAGACAAGCUUCCUGUUCAUGUUGUUGUCGAUCCGGUCCUUGGCAAAGUACUGCGGCCUCAUCAACGAGAGGGUGUAAAAUUCCUCUGGGACUGUGUGACGGGCAGACGCAUCCCUGACUCGUACGGCUGCAUCAUGGCGGAUGAAAUGGGUCUGGGCAAGACCCUGCAGUGCAUCGCGCUCAUGUGGACACUCCUGCGGCAGAGCCCAGAUUGUAAACCGGAGAUAGAGAAGGCCAUCGUGGUGUCUCCCUCCAGCUUGGUGCGCAACUGGUACAAUGAAGUGGGUAAAUGGCUGGGAGGACGCAUGCAACCACUGGCCAUUGAUGGAGGCACAAAAGAGGAGAUUGAUCGUAAAUUAGCGGGCUUCAUGGCACAGCAUGGCUUGAGGGUGCCCUCUCCGAUCCUCAUCAUCUCAUACGAAACAUUCCGUCUUCACACUGGAGUCCUGCACAAGGGAAAAGUCGGCCUGGUCAUUUGUGAUGAGGGCCACCGGCUGAAGAACUCUGACAAUCAGACCUACCAGGCACUGAAUGCCAUGAAUGCCCAGAGACGAGUGCUCAUAUCUGGGACUCCCAUUCAGAACGACCUGCUGGAGUACUUCAGCCUCGUGCACUUUGUCAACGCUGGAAUCCUUGGCACUGCUCAGGAGUUUAAGAAACGCUUUGAGAUUCCAAUCCUGAAGGGUCGUGAUGCCGACGCCAGCGAUAAGGACAGGACCGCUGGAGAAGACAAACUCAAGGAGCUCAUCAGUAUUGUCAGCGGAUGCCUGAUUAGAAGGACCUCAGACAUACUUUCAAAGUACCUCCCUGUUAAGAUCGAGCAGGUUGUCUGUUGCAGACUCACCCCCCUGCAGAGUGAGCUGUAUAAGCGCUUCCUGCGGCAGGCCAAGCCUGUGGAGAGCCUUCAGGGGGGCAAGAUCAGCGUCUCCUCCCUCUCCUCCAUCACCUCGCUCAAGAAGCUCUGCAACCAUCCUUCUCUAAUCUAUGACAAGUGUGUGGAGGGGGAGGAGGGCUUUGAGGGGGCUCUGGAUCUCUUCCCCUCCGGCUACAGCACUAAGGCUGUGGAGCCUCAGCUCUCUGGGAAAAUGCUGGUGCUGGAUUACAUACUUGCAAUGACAAAAAGUACAACAAGUGAUAAAGUGGUGCUGGUCUCCAACUACACCCAAACACUUGAUAUGUUUGAGAAGUUAUGUCGAACUCGGAGAUAUCUCUAUGUUCGACUGGACGGAACCAUGUCAAUCAAGAAAAGAGCAAAGAUAGUGGAAAAGUUCAACAAUCCCUCUAGCCCUGAGUUCAUCUUCAUGCUGAGCAGCAAGGCAGGAGGGUGUGGCCUCAAUCUGAUCGGAGCCAAUCGGCUGGUGAUGUUCGACCCCGACUGGAAUCCAGCCAAUGAUGAGCAGGCCAUGGCCCGUGUUUGGAGAGAUGGUCAGAAGAAGACCUGCUUCAUCUACAGGCUACUUUCAUCGGGUACUAUUGAAGAGAAGAUCCUGCAGAGGCAGGCCCAUAAGAAGGCUCUGAGCAGCUGUGUGGUGGACGAGGAGCAGGACGUGGAGAGACACUUCUCCCUGGGAGAGCUGCGCGAGCUCUUCUCCCUCAACGAGGACACCACCAGUGAUACACACGACAAGUUUCGCUGCAAGCGCUGUGUCAACGGGCGACAGGUGCGCCCUCCCCCCGAGGACGCGGACUGCACCAGUGACCUGUCCCUCUGGCAGCACUGCUCGGACAAGAGGGGACUGAGGGACCCCAUGCUCACCGCCGCCUGGGGCGCCACUGUCUCCUUCGUCUUCCACCAGCGCUCUCACGAGGACCAGAGAGGUGUAGUGUGAGCGGCUGUUUAUACCAGCAACCACGUACUGACACAGGGGUUAACCACAAUCCCCAGCUUCCGCUCUUAGGCAGGGGUCUAGACACUUCUGUUGACUGCAGUGAAGACACUGGGUGUAUUACAGAUCAUACAGUCAUUCAAGGGAAUCUGAUACGCUCAAACCAGAACAUAAGUGGGCCCAGGACAGGGAUACGUACACAAAUGGAUUACUUAUAUUCUCACUUACUGACACAGGGGUUAACCACAAACCACAGCUUCCUCUGUUAAGGAGGCAUCUAGACUCUUGACUGCAGCAAAGACACUGGGUGUAUUGUAGAUCAUGCAGUCGUGCAGGGGAACAGCGAUGUACCUCAGUUAGAACAGAAGUGGUCACCCAGGGGAAGCAGCAAUGUGCCUCAGAACAGAAGUGGACGCCCAGUGGAUGCAGUGAUGUGCCUCAGUUAGAACAGAAGUGGUCACCCAGGGGAACAGCGAUGUACCUCAGUCAGAACAGAAGUGGUCACCCAGGGGAAACAGUGAUGUGCCUCAGUCAGAACAGAAGUGGUCACCCAAGACAGAUACGCACUCAAAGGGAUUACUUCUUCUCUAUUGCAUCAACCUCAGUAUGUAGAAACUCAAAACCACACCAUCUGCCGCAGCCGCCUCAGAAAUGAACUUGAGGUUUUGAGAUAAACUUUGGUAAUGCUUUACAAUGUACAUUAGGAGUUUUUGUUUUCUACUUUUUUCCCUUUGUAUUUUCAUUUGCUUUUUGUGUAUUUAUUGUGUGAAUGUUGAACAGCUCUCAAGUGUUAUUGUUUUGUCUAAAAAUAAUACAUUGUUAAAUACGUAUAUUAAACUUUACUAUGCCACCUGUAAUAUACAUGGAUAAAGUGCACUAUAGUGAAUAGUUAUUUAUGUCAGUUUUACCACAUGACUUGACACAUUUUAAACAAAUCAAUCACCUUUGAACCAAACUUAAAUCA